ACAUCCUCUCUGUUUGGCAACGUUUUCGAUGCAAAGGGGAGAACCUCCACCCCCUCCUCACGCACAUGGCAUGCUCCAAGUUAUUGAAAAAUCAUUUAAAAACAAUACAACACGUCAGCGCCAUCGUUAGUUAUACUUAUCAUAAUCAUCGUCUUCAUCAUCAUCAUCUUACAACUCUCCCACCUUAACACGACACCGUUUCUUUCCCUUCACCAUCAGCCGCAACACAUAGCAAUUUUCUGCGCCACCCGCACCCUUCAGCCAUGGCCGCUCGCGCGUUGCUCGGAGUGAUCAAGAAACGCGCCGUUUCGUGUCCCGCAUUCCGCGGCCACUACACUUUUCGACACGGUAGCACGCUCGUUGUGGCGGAACACGAAGGUGGCGUUAUCAAACCCCCUUCUCUCUCUGCACUUGCCGCUGCCACGUGUCUUCCCGACACUGACUCUUCCGUUUCGGUGCUCUUGGCUGGUUCCGGUCCUUCUCUUCAUCAAGCUGCUUCACACGCUGCUUCGUCCUACCCUUCAAUCUCCAAGGUGCUGGUAGCAGAUUCUGAUAAAUUCAAAGACCCUCUGGCAGAGCCCUGGGCUAAAUUAGUUCAUUUGGUUCAGCAGAGUGGUGGUUACUCUCACAUAUUUGCUGCUGCAAAUUCUUUUGGGAAAAACAUAAUGCCACGUGCCGCUGCUCUUUUAGGUGUUUCUCCAAUUACUGAUGUUACUGGAAUUUCUGAUUCCAAUACUUUUGUAAGGCCAAUAUAUGCUGGAAAUGCACUUUGUACUGUUCGAUAUACUGGUGCCAGUCCUUGUAUAUUAACAAUUAGAUCCACGUCUUUUCCUGCUCUUCAGAAGUCAGUUGACUCUAAUGAGGCUUCAAUAUCCCAGGUUGACCUUUCAACCUUGGACGAAGAUCUGGGAAGGUCUACAUAUAUAUCACAAAGUUCUCAGGAUGAUGAAAGACCAGAUCUUGGGAAUGCACGGAUUGUAGUUACUGGUGGCCGAGCACUAAAGAGCGCUGAGAACUUCAAAUUGAUAGAAGCUCUUGCCGAGAAACUUGGUGCUGCUGUUGGUGCCACUCGUGCUGCCGUGGAUGCAGGAUAUGUUCCUAAUGAACUCCAGGUAGGGCAAACUGGAAAGAUAGUUGCCCCUGAGCUCUAUAUGGCUUUUGGUGUAUCUGGAGCUAUUCAACACUUGGCAGGGAUGAGGGAUUCCAAAGUCAUUGUUGCUGUGAACAAUGAUGCCGAUGCUCCUAUAUUUCAGGUCGCCGAUUAUGGACUUGUUGGAGAUCUGUUUGAGGUGAUACCAGAGUUACUGGAGAAGCUUCCUGAGAAAAAGUAAAAAGCGUAACACAUGCGUCUGAUAUGUACUGUAUGGUUGCAGAAUGUAUCAUUCUUGGAACCUCAAAAUUGCAUUUGUUUAAAUAAGAAGAAAAUGAGGUUUAUACA